CGUCGUCGCGACUUUCUUUUAACCUUCCAGUACUUCGGCGAGCAGUGCGAAAAUUUUCAAUUCACAUACCAGGUUCCUGUCCUACUACUGUUAUUUGCUUAGCUUACGUUGCACCUAUUAAAGAGGGGCCCGACACUGUUGAAGCUAUGCCAAUCUAUCACUUCCUACCCCGUCGUGUUUUCCGCGACCUUCCUCCUGAAGUAUACGCCCUGAUUUUGUCAUACCUUUCUCCUUUGGAUGUUAUCUGUUUCGGAAGGGUUGACCGAAAGAGGAAGACCAUCGUCGAAUCCUAUUUCUGGAGUGAAUUCAUACAACUCAUGGUUUCGUACUUCUCCGAACCGGAACUCUUGGAGUUUCGCCUGAUCCAAGCAAAGACUGGAACCCUCAUCUCCGGAUCCACUGUUCUACAAUUCUUAGAACGGACGACAUAUCCCGAUUCAGAUCUUGACAUCUACACUCCUUUCAUGUACGCCAGGGAGGUCGGAGAGUUUUUUCUCAGAAUUGGCUAUCAAUUUUGUCCCCGGGAGAGUCAGAUAAAGCCCUUUCACGAGAUCGCGGAAGAUAUCAACCAGAGGGUUGUUGAACAAGAAGUCUACAACCUUCGCGGGAUAAUGCAAGUCUACGACUUAGAUCGCAACGGGAAGAAGAUUCAAUUAAUGUCAGCGCUCAACUCUCCAAUGGACAUUAUUUUGGCGUACCACUGCACCACGGUUAUGAACAUCAUCACUGCCACCCACACCUAUUCCCUCUACCCCAGAGGCACAUUCCACCAAAGACGGGGCCUCAUCAUUCGCACCGACGGUUCUGCCCAAGAUGCAGGACGUCAAAAGUACAUCGAUCGUGGCUGGGAACUCUUCUCCGAAGUGACCGUGUUUGAAGUCACAAGUCCUCUUUCGGAAUUUCAGGCCAACUCUCUUAGAUGGGUCGGCGAUCGGAGGUGCCUCUCAGUCAAGCUUUCUCCUAUAGAACUGCCUUUUAUAUCUUACCCCAUCAUGGCCAACUCCUGGCGGCUCACCUACGGCUGGAACUGUACGGUUAAGGUCGAAUACUCCAACGUCGAAGCCGAGCGUUUCAAGUUCUGCGUAUCCCAGGGUUGGAAGCUUUGUCAGGUCUUACACAAGCUCAAGGAUUUCUGGAAAGCUGUGAAGAGCGAGGACGUUGCUUUCGCUGCUAUUGCGGAACGAUAUUACAAGCGCUGCGCUUCAGUCAGCUCGACUGAUGCUGCGCUAGAAUGGCUUGCGCCCAAUAUUUCUCUAGAAAUGUUGGAAGAUACUUUUGAAGGAUCCCAUGAUCCUUAGACGAAGCUCGUAACCUGGGAAACAAUGACCGAGAAUUUCACAUAUAGUAUGCGUUCAUUUAUCUUGGUUUACUUACUGCAGCUAACUCAGCUCGAGGCCAUUCGCGGUCCUAGAGUAAUUGAUUUCAUAUGUACAAUUAUUGUUACGACUAUUGCAGUAUAUACCACCAUAGCUUGACUGACAAAUAAUCUUGGGUCGUUAUCAUCUAGACUUCAUUGCCGAGGUUGAGCUCGGGUGGAACAACUUGAAGGAACUUCUUUUGCGCUGCAUAGCCU